UUCAGUGACCAGGUGAGGUCCUCGGUGAUGUAGACGCCCAGGCACCUGAAGCUGCUCACCCUCUCCACUUCAAGGCCCCGGAUAGACAGCGGUUGGUGAGGUCUCCUCUUCUUCCUCAUGUCCACUAUCAUCUUCUUUGUCUUGUCAGUGUUGAGGGUGUCCUCACACCAUGACACCAGACCGGCCACCUCUCUCCUGUAAGCCGCCUCGUCUCCUCCAGUGAUGCAACCGAUCACUGCAGUGUCGUCCGCGAACUUCAAAAUGAUGUUAUCUUUCUUGGAGGUGACACAGUCGUGAGUGUACAGGGUGUAGAGGAUGGGACUAAGGACGCAACCCUGUGGGACGCCAGUGUUUGUAAUAAUGCUGGCUAAAGUUGUGUUGCCAAUCCUGACGGACUGCGGCCUGCCAGUCAAAAAGUCCUGCAACCAGUCACAUAGGGUUGGGUGCAGGCUGACUGUUGCCAGCUUGUGAGUGAGUGUGUGUGCAAAGUGGCUGCUGUGUGGUUAAUUGUACUAACAGACCAUCAAACUUUCAACUAUGGUGUUGAUUGAUAGGAAAACAUCAACUUUGUCAUUAAUGUUUUGUCUUGUUCACUAUUUAAUUUGUCUGAACACCCUGAGGUGACCUUAUGAAGUUUUCUCUUGAGUUUCAGUUGUUUCUAUCCUGAACUGAACCGUGCUGACUCCAUCUGACCUGGUUGGAGGUCUGCCAAUCCCAUCAGGCACCUGAACCUCCCCACACACAGUUAAUCUGUCUGAUUAAUGAAGGGCCAUUUGUCUUUGUUUCGGGGAUUUCUUUUGGGAUUAACAUGCUCAGUCAGACAUCUGCUGCUUCACAUCAGCUCAUUACUCAAAUCCUCAUCUCCUGACUUGGCCUCGCUCUGCUCUGUUUGUCGCUUCUGGUUCUUUUUAUCCUCAUUUUUCUGAUUUUUGGGACAUUGUUAAAGCUGCAGGAAUGACAAGAAACAGCCAUAGUGACCUUCACUACCUCACUGGGUUCAUUUUGUUCCGCUGAGGUUAACUAAUGACUCAUUGUCGUUGUAAUUUUGCAGUUUUCCUCUCAGAGAAAGAGUACUGCUCUUAUGAAGCAUAAACUCAACAUCAGAGAGAAACAUGAUGGAGAUGUUCGACAACAGACGACAAACACGAAGCAUGUUUUAAAGAAGAAACUUUGAGGCUGAAGAGCAAAAGUGAAAUGAAGACAAAAUAUACUGGACUGAAAAGGAAAAACUGUGAAUUUGAAAUGUGAGAGAAACCAAAGAAAGCAGGAAGAGUGUUUGAAGGAUCAAACUGCUGUCAAACCUUUAUCUGGACAGGAUCAAAGCAACAACUCACAGAAGAGCCAGGCCUUACAACUCUGUAACCAUGGGUGAAGAUUGCAGCGAGCUGUUAAAUGGUGACUGUGAGGCGGCGCGGCAGACUAGCGACAUCACCUUUAGCACCGGGAUAAGCCCCACCUCCAACCUGCGCAGGAAGCAGCUGCUGUGGCAGAACGCCGUCAGGAACAUCAUUGACCAGCACAACCUGUACACACUGAGGCUCGCUGGGGGUUUGGAGCGAGGCAAGCACCAUAUCAAAGUCACCGAUGCCUACAUCGCGGACAUCAACAGGCAGAUCCGCAAUAAAGCGUCUCGUGGAGUAUUUUGGCAGAAGCGCCGUUCGUCAGCAGCUCGCAUUCACCCAACAGUCACCACAGCAACACAGAGCAAACACGACCCACUCAGUGAUGCUGACUUCUUUGUGUCGUCUGGGUGGACGGUGCGAGGCGUCUUCAUCCCCACACUGCAGCACAAAUUCAAGUCUGCAGACUUGGAGCAGCUCUACCAGCAGUUCUCCUCGGCUCAGAGAAGAACCUCACUGGUCGUCACUGUUGUCGUUGACAUCCUGACCCGCCUUCUUGUCUCAUUGCUGACAUGGCCACUGGGCUGGUGGGGCAUGGCCUGUGAUUGGCUUACCGGUCUGUCUGUAGUCUUGUGGAUAGGAAUCUGCCUGGUGGUUCUGACCAGAAAGGAAGUCUUGUCAUCACCUCAGUGGCUUAGGUAUCUGUCAGUGGUCAGCUGGCUGUCUCAGACCUUCCAAGUGCUGGUUGGUGUUUUCAGUUGGGCGGAGAGCGAUCACUCUUGGUAUGUCUUCUUCACGCUUUUCUCCACUUACACCCUCCUGCCCCUCCCCCUCCUCUGGUCCAUCAUUGCGGGGGGAACCACCUCCACUCUGCACCUCCUGGUGGAUUUCUGCUGUCACUAUAAUGACCACAGCUUCAUCAGAAAGGUGUUGUCCAAGGCUCUGCUGUAUCUGGCUAUGAACACUGCGGGUCUGUUCAUUCACUACCUGUCUGAUUGGACUCAGAGACAGUCUUUUCUGGAGACCAGGCGCUGUAUCGAAGGACGAGUCAGACUAGAGAGGGAGAACAACAGACAAGAACGCCUGGUGAUGUCAAUCCUACCUCAAUUUCUGGUGCUUGAGAUGAUUGGUGACAUGGCCGUCAUGGAAGAUUAUCUGCUGCCUCAGCAGUUGCACAAGAUCUACAUUCACCAUUACAAGGAUGUCAGCAUCCUGUUUGCAGACAUCAUCGGCUUCACAUCGCUGUCAUUGAUUCUUUCGGCUCAGGAUCUCGUUAAAACCCUCAAUGAACUCUUUGGUCGCUUCGACAGGCUGGCUGAGGACCACCAGUGUUUGCGCAUUAAGAUUCUGGGUGAUUGUUAUUACUGCGUAUCAGGAGUCCCAGAGCCUCAGAGAGGACAUGCCCGCUGCUGUGUGGAGAUGGGCCUCAGUAUGAUCAACACUAUACGUUACGUUCGUCGGGAGCUCCAGCAGGAGGUGGACAUGCGAAUAGGCGUCCACUCUGGCUCCGUUCUUUGUGGUGUUUUGGGUCUUCAGAAGUGGCAGUUUGACAUCUGGAGCUGGGACGUGGACGUCGCCAACAGUUUGGAGGCUGCAGGAGUGCCUGGUCAGGUUCACAUCUCCAAGGCCACUCUGGACUGUCUGGGUGGGAUCUAUGAGACAGAGGCGGGACAUGGCCAGGAUCGUAGCGAGUUUCUACGGAAACACAACAUCGACACAUACCUGGUCCGUCCGGCAUCGAAGGAAGAUGUGGAGCCGCCUAAAGCAAGGCGCCCCAGUUAUGACGAGAUAACAACGUGGAGUGCUGAGCUGCCAUUUGGAGACAUCCUAGGAAAGAAUUUUAUCCUUGCUACUUUUACCAAUGGUUCACUGACCCAGCUGCCCAAUAAUAUAGCAGCUCAGCGCUCAGGAACACGGGAGGUGAACAAGAGGAUUCGCCAGGCCAUGGAGGUGCGCAGCAGUGAGCGAAUGAGGAAGGAGCACAUCACGACCUUUACUCAGGUGUUUAAGGACUCCCAUGUGGAGGGAAAGUAUUCUCAGAUGAGAGACGAACUCUUCAAAUCUAACAUGGUUUGCUCCUUCAUUCUGCUGCUGCUUUUAAUGACAGUCCAGGUGCUAAUCCCAGCCCCAAGAUUGUGUCCAAUGGUCGUUCAGUUUGUGGUCAGUGGCGGCAUUUACUUCCUGCUCUUGCUGCUGACUCUGGGGGAGGAAUUUAAGCAUUGUCCUGCUCCCCUCCAGUCAAUCUGCUGUUGGGUGCAUGAAAACAAGAGUGCCCGCAUGCUGCUCACACUCACUGCCAUCACUGUCAACUUUGGAAUCGCCUCUGCAGACAUUCUGUGGUGUGAUUCAUCAGAAACUGACAUCAGCAACAGGGACUCCCUGCUGGCUCCGCCUCCCUCGGCUUGGACCGAUAUCAACAUUUGCACAUAUCCAGAGUACAUGGUUCUAAGUGGCGUGGUUGCUAUGGUUACCUGUGCCGUGUUCCUCAGACUGAGCUGCGUGUUGCAGCUGGCCGUUCUACUGCUGUUUGCUGCCCUCUACACCUACAUAAUCAAGAAUUACAGGUCUCAUCACUUGUGCAGGAAUGGAGUCUGUGUUGUUCUUAUGCUGAUGUUUGUGGUGGCUGUCCUCUUCAACAGCAGACAGCUGGAGGCGACAGCACGGCUGGACUUCCUCUGGGGCCUUCAGGCAAAGAAGGAGGUGGAGGACAUGAAGGAGCAGCGGGAGCACAAUGAGUGUCUGCUGCUCAAUAUCCUGCCCGCACAUGUUGCCCAGCACUUCUUGGAGAGAGACCGCAAUGAUGAGGAGUUGUACUCACAGUCGUAUGAGCGAGUGGGCGUGCUGUUUGCCUCUCUGCCCGGAUUCUCCGACUUCUACGAGGAAAAGGAGGUCCUUCAUCAGCAUGUUGAGUGUCUCCGCCUCCUUAACCACGUCAUCAGCGACUUUGAUGAGCUGCUGGAUGAAUGCUACUUUCAGCAGGUGGAGAAGAUCAAAACCACUGGCAGCUGCUACAUGGCAGCUUCAGGCCUCUCACCUGACAGGCAGGAUUGUGAGGAUGGCUGGAAUCACCUCAGUGAGUUGGUCCUGUUCGCACUUGCUAUGCAGGAAACUCUCAAACACAUCAACACACAGACAGGAAACAACUUCCAGCUCCGUAUUGGUGUGGCUCACGGUCCGGUGAUAGCAGGUGUGAUUGGAGCAACCAAACCUCAGUACGACAUCUGGGGGAUGACGGUGAACAUGGCGAGCAGGAUGGAGAGCACCGGUGUGAGCGGGCGGAUACAGGUCUCAGAACACACCAGCUCUAUUCUGGUUGAACGAGGCUUUCUGAGGCAGCUCAGAGGGGACGUUUAUCUCAAAGGGAUUAGUGAACGCCACGGAAAGGUUCGAACAUACUUCGUGAGCAGUCGGGAGGAGCGAUCCAGCUUUAUAGAGCGUGGUGGGGGGCGGGGCUUCAGCCUCAAUAGGAACACACUGGGAGCUGUGGUCUACAGUUUGGUUCAAGCCCAGAAAAGGGAGAAGAUGAGGGAGGAGAACGGAGGCUUCCACCUGGUGGAGGCGUCGUGAGGAGGAAAAAAAGGUUUGGUUUUGAGGGUAAAAGGUAAAACUGUCAACAUUUGUGAAAGCUGAAAUGUUGAAGGGGGUAAGGAGUUUGAACAUUCAUCUGCAUCGUCUUAAAGUAAAAGAAAGAUCAGUAAUGAUGGUGAUGGAUUGUUGUACUUUUGCUCUGUGUUUUGGAACAAACAGCUCCUGUGGUGCUUUGCAGAGCAAAGCUAACAACAUGGAAUCAUGCAUGUGCAAAUUAAACAUCACUAAUCACUGAGACACUGAAGGAAAGUUAAAAGUAGACAGAUUCUCAGGGGACUUCUCAUGUGUCUGUUACUCUGGUUUCUAAGUGGAUUCCUGAAGGUUUAUUCUGGAUAUUCAAGCAGCCUUCCUUUAUAAGACUCGUCAUUCUGCCAAGACUUUGAUGCAGAAAAACAUUCAUGUUUUAUUUUAUGUGUUUGUGUAGGUUUGAUUUCCUCAUAUGAAACUAUGGGUUUUAAGUCAAUAAAAGAUUAUAGUUACAUUUUUAACACAACAUGUAACUUUUUACAAAACAUAUUUGUAAAAAGAUUUUAUGAAAGUGUGAAGAAUUUUCUUAUAUUUCUUAUAUUAAGCAUUUAUUUACUGUGUUUUUAUUCUUGCUGUUAAAGGUUUCAAACUCUUCUAGCAAUUUUUUUUAAAAUUGUCAUAACUUUGUCUGACCACCAGAUGGAGCCGCGUGCAGGACCAAAAACAUUUCAGGAUCAAAGCACUUUACAUUUAGAUAUUUUAGAUUUGUGGAUAUAUAAGAGACACAUUAAGUUAUGACAGAACUUUGUUUGUCUACAGAGGACAAAGUGUGUCUGUAAGAAGCGUUGAUUUAAAAAAUAAAUAAAUAAAAAGGAAAAAUAAACGUGGGUUUGUCCCUUGCAGUGUUUUUUUAUGGUUAAAUGUUUGAGCGCUCUUAUAUUGUGGCUAAUUUACAUUAAAGAUCUGCCUAAUAUUUGACAGCUGUUAAUGAUACUAUUUUGUUAUUCUAAUAAAAUAAACAGGAAAAGAGAAAUUGCUAAUUUCACAUGUGUUUACCUUUAAACUUGAGUAGAUUUUUCAUUUCUAAAAACACUGAAACUUUUCUUUUAGUAAAUCCAGCUCCCAGCUUAGGUGUAACUACUAACAGGGUGGUUGUUGUUCUUUCCAUAACUAGAUUAGGAUGAUGUAAAUCUAAUCUUAUGUGAAGCCUGUAUUAAAUGUACCUCAGUGCUCAAUCUUAUGACUCUUGUCAUUGCUGAAAGUAAAAGUCACAGGAAAAGGAAAGUAGAUGCUGCGUUAAUUCAAAGGUUAAUAUACCAGAAAAUUAUAUAAGUAAUCUGGACCUUACAGGGACAACUACGACUCAGGUGAAUAACAACAAAUGACAUAUUGCAGUAUGCCAUGUAUGUCCUGCAGUAUGACCAACAGGUCCAAGUUUGGACACAGAGUUACACUUGACUCUAGAAUUCACUGGUACAGAUUUCAUGUUCAAAUUCACGGUUGACUCAGCAACUGCCCGAGUCCCGUUGCAAAACCACAAGACCAAUUGCUCAUGGUUAGUAUGAAGUGUUUUUGCUGAAACGCUGUGUUUGGUUUUGUGCAUUACGACCAGACAUCUCCACUUUGGUCUUGUCUGUCCCAUAGACAUUGUUCCAGAAGUCUUGUGGGUUGUUCAGAUGCUACUUUGCAAACCUAAACUGUGUUUAAAUUUUGGAAGGCAGCCCUUCCAAACCACCAGCUUUCCGUGUGUUUCACACACUACUCGUGCAUUCUGGCUUAAUUUUUGUUUAAAAAAUAAUAAAAUGGUUCAGUAUGUCAUGUUUUGUAGUUCUGCUGAGGUUUUCUUUACCUAAUUGAAAGACCUACUAAGUACAUGUUCAAGUUCAUGGUUGAUUCAUAUCAUGUUGUGAAAAACCUUAUAAUAUAAAGAGAAUUUAAUUUGUUUUUGCCAUAAGCGGACUGAGAUGGAAAAUGUGUUUUAGGAAACUUUCGGGUCGUACAAACACUAAAUGCUUUCUGUUAGCAAAUCAAACUAGAAUGGCACUACUACUUUAAAAUGGAACUACUUUAAAAACGACUUUCACCGUUAAUAUUUGUUGGCUAACCUCAUGUGAAGACUGUAGCCAGCGCCAUUAAAUAUGAUGUACCUCAGGGCUCAGUCAUAGGCCCACUGUGACUGUGAAUUUAAAAGUCAGUUGUUUAUAGGCAAAACAGUUCUAUUUGUCUCUUGUAUAAACCUUAAAAUCCUCCACAACAAACACAUCCAUGUACAUGUGUAACAGAGAAGCAGAAUAAUUGUGUGGAGUCUGGUUGAACUUUCAUUUAUCAGCAUCUCCUGACUAUAAGCGGGGGCCUUUGAGGCUACGGAGGGCAAAUCAAAUGGAUUCACAGCUGGAAUCCAGAUCACAUGAGUCUGUGAGUGAUCUGAUGUAUGUGUGAGGAGAAAGCAGUCUAUUCAUUGUGCUGUGUUACAAAACUGCAUGUUGGCUGACAGGUCUUGUGACAUGAAUAAAUAUUUCCGCUCUACAGUCUAUAAACCAUAUAAUAAUAAUAAUGAUAAUAAUAAUAAUAAUAAUAAUGAUGAUGAUGAUGA